AUGAGAGGCCGGGCAUGAAGUGCAACCCCGUCCAAUGAUUAUGGGGGAGAGGUGAUAAUGACUUCCUAUCAAGAGUUAACGGCCGAAGGGGAGAGUAGCCCUCUGUUCACGGGCUGCUUCCGAGCAAAAGAGGUCAUAAACCGGGACCUGGACGGCAGGACUCAUCCUGAACUCGACAGUCGUGAUGAGGAGGAGAAACUGGAGGUGGAAGUCGCCUCAGGAUUUAAUACUCGGCAUCCCCGGUACUCAACUCUCUCCAACAGUUUGACUCAGUGCACCUCUUUGGACAGCCCUCCUCCUCCUCCACCGUGUGAGACUCUCGAGGGCUUCUCGACACCGGCCUGCCCCCACUCAUCCCGUGUCCCCUGGCGGUGCAGGGCGCAGGGGCAGGGCUCAGCAGGAUACUGCGCGUCAAAUAACAACGAAACGCUACAAUCCGGCUUUGGGUCACUUUCAGAGACAAUUCAAAGCUACUCUCGUAAUGGCCCCGAAAUUCACGUCGCCGUGGGGAGUUCGGCUGACUCGGACUGUAACGUAGCUCAUAUGGAUGUAAGCAGUAAAACUUUUGAGUGGAUGAGAGUGAAGAGGAGUCAGCAGCGGUCGGCCAGGAUGCACAUGACCUGUGGGUUCAGUGUUGUUGGCUCGGGCCACGGUGCUGUUGAGGCUGGAAGCAGCAGCAUAUGCACGGAUGGCCAUCCCACGGUGAACGGGGCCCCGAGGACCAGCUUCAGCACCAAGCAGCUAACCGAGCUGGAGAAGGAGUUCCACUUCAACAAGUACCUGACGCGGGCCAGGCGGGUGGAGGUGGCCAGCGCCCUGCAGCUCAGCGAGACGCAGGUGAAAGUUUGGUUUCAAAACAGACGCAUGAAGCAGAAGAAAUUACAGAGAGACGGGCUGCUCUCCGACCCGGGGCCUGCGGCACCGCAUUCACACGCCGACACUUUGGACACCUGCCCCUCUCCUGGACCGACCUCGCCAAAACACCUGCCCCUGAACUCCUGA